GACUAAGCCGCGUGAACAACGUCCACUCUUUCAACCUCCCCCUUACCCCCACUCCCCCGGGGACAGCUGGCCUCCAUCCCAUCAACCCCCCAAACCAAACUUCGUAAGAGUACCUACCUACAAUCAUGGCCGACCUACCACCCCGGUUCACAGCCGACCUCGAGUCCAGCCUCGACGUCCCGGCGUCCCUCGCCCCCUCGUCAGACCAGCAGAGCACGAGCAGCCGGUCGAGGCGAUGGGACGACCCGCCCGAGGACGAGCCGCUGGGCCCGCCGGAGAACACGACGACCAUGGUGUUCGUCAAGUCGGUCACGGUGCGGGCGCACGUGGACUUCAUGCAGCUGACCUUCACGCCGUCGGACUCGCACCUGGCGGCCAUGGUGCCCAAGUCGACCAACGCGCGCUGCGUCACGCCCGAGGGGCCCUUCAGCCUCAACACCUGGCACGCCGCCACGGGCCAGCGCCUGACCAGCGCCACCUCCCCGCUCGCCAGCCACGGCCUCCGCCUCAACGGCGGCUUCGCCCUCAAGCCGGGCGUCGCCGACCUCAUCGUCGCCUGCCCCUUCCUGAUCCCCGCCGCCAGCUCCUCCUACAGCGAGUCGUACGGCGCCCUGAUGCCGCGCCUCGAGGUCUACGACCUCGGCCGCAGGGAGCGGCUGCUGAAGCAGGACCUGGCCAUCCGCGCGCCCGUGGCGUGGAGCCCCGACGGGGAGACGCUGGUGGGGGCGUCGCCGCAGGACGCGAGCCGCAUGGUGGUGGUGCAGCUGCCCAAGAACAAGGACGGCUACGUGCGGACGGUGGCCACGCUCAUGUGCCACUCGGACGACGUGACCCAGAUGGCGUUCCUGCCGCUGUGGGAGAGCGGCGGCCGCGCGCUGGUGAGCGCGGGCAAGGACGGGUUCUUGAGGGUGACCAACGUGGUCACCAAGAGGACGCUGCAGAAGGUGGAGAUCGGGGCCAGGGCGCCGGCGACCAUGAUGCAGGUGUCCAAGGACGGCAAGCUGGUGGUGACGGUGUGGGGGAGGGACGUGGUCCUGUGGUUUCUCGAGACGGGGAGGGUGCACAACUACAACCUGAACGCGAUACGCGUGAACGAGGGAUGGCCGCUGGCAGUUUCGCCGGAUUGUAGGUAUCUGGCCUGCCGGAAUGAGGAAGGGUUUGAUGUCAUGGACGCCCAGACGGGGAAGUUCAGGGGCGAGUUUGCGUGGCCGGGAGAGACCAUCACAGUGGCAGCGUUCAACAGUGAUGGGACACGUCUGGCGAUUGGGGACCACGCUGGGGUGUUGCAGUUGUUUGAGAUUAUCACAUCAUGAAGAGGGGAGGGCCCGCAGAGUUGGCUUCUAGGGGUGGGCGGCCAAGGUAGAAAACAGCAUGGUAUUCGGGUGCGUGAUGUAUGACCAUUCAAGACUGUUGGCAAUGGGUAUCUGGGGGCAGCAUCUAGAGAGGCAAAAGCGAUGGCAACCCGGCAAGACUUAUUAUUCGCAAUGAUACCAAAUUGAUUACAUCUUAGCAAGCUUUUAUAAUCGUAUUAAGUUCAAAUGAUUCCGAAUCCGUCAUCAGUCGCUCGUAUCCGCCCCGGUAACGACACCAAUGACCAAUUCACAUUUUGAAGCAGUUGAGCCAUUAUCAACACGGCUCCCCGGAAAGCUACCCGAGUUGCUCUUUGCGCGUUUUAAACACCAUUGUGGUCAAUCUGGCACUCCACUGACAAGGUCGUUGUGGGAAGCGGAGUUGUCAUCC